UAUUACAAGCAAAAAGCUUUUAUGUGUGUAGGGAUUUUCUUUUUCCUUCAAGCAUUUGAAGCAUCUUUCUCUCUCUCUCUUAAUCUAGGCUCUUUAGUUUUUCACCAAUACUCUCAUACAUACAAUUACAAGUUCCAAGAAAGACAAGAGACCUAUUAGAAAUGGCCAGAGAGAAUAGGCACAACACAUCAUCAAGAGGUGAUAGAAAUGGAGGUGGUGGAGGUAGUGAUGGUGGUGGCGGUAGUGCUGCUGGUGGUGAUGCGUUGAUCAUGAGUAGUAAUACCAUUAAGCCUGCAUGGCUAGAGGGAUUGAUGGCGGAGACAUUCUUUGGUGAUUGUGGGGUCCAUGAGAAUCGCAGAAAGAAUGAGAAGAACAUCUUUUGUUUGCUCUGUUGCCUUAGUAUCUGCCCUCACUGCCUCCCUACUCAUCGUUCUCAUCCUCUCCUUCAGGUGAGAAGAUACGUUUAUCAUGAUGUUGUUAGACUGGGAGAUCUUGAGAAGCUUGUUGAUUGUUCUUAUAUUCAGCCCUAUACUAUAAACAGUGCUAAAGUGAUAUUCUUGAAUCAGAGGCCACAGUCAAGGCCUUGUAAGGGAUCUGCCAACGUAUGCUUCACUUGUGACAGGAUUCUCCAAGAGCCAUUCCACUUCUGUUCUCUCUCAUGCAAGGUUGAUCACUUGGUGGCACAAGAGGAGGAUCUCUAUGCCAUUCUAUACAGAAUUGAUGAAUCCGAGUUUGCAUUUUCACAAUUAGAAGGAUUGAGAAUGGAUAGCUCUGAGAUCAAUGAUGAUGAUAGCCACAUUACCCCGAGUUGCUCCAUUCUAGAAGACGUGCAAUUCAAAGGCUCAUCAUGCUCCAAUGACACCAUGGGCAAUUCUAGAAUUUCCAAGGAAUCUGAGGUCGCAAAAAGGAAGAAGAAAGGAAGUGGCUUCCUCCCACAGUUUGUGCUUUCAUUAAGCAGCAAAAGAAAGGGUGCUCCUCAUAGGUCUCCUCUCUCUUGAUUAAUGUUCAGACAAAUUCGCAUUAAGAAAGAAAAUCUCGAGUUAACUUAUUAAUAUUAUAUAAUAAUACAUGUAUCAAAAGUUUAAUUUGUAUUAUCGGCACCAUUAGCAUCAGUCGCGGUUUCUUUUUGUUAUGAUCCUAAUUUUCAUUUGGCAUUUCCAUUUCCGACCUUAAGUGGUUGUAUAGAGAGACUACUUGAAAGGUAAGCUCUUGACUCCACUAGUUUUGUAUGAUGUAAUGGAACUUGCACACGUGUUAUUAUUUGCUUUUUCUUUUGUGUGGUAUGUUAUGUACUGAUUUAGGGAGAUAACGAUGUAUUCUUUUAACUUCUC